GUGAAACGUUAGCGCGUGCAGCUCCGCUCUGAGCGCCGCAGGUGCACGAGGACGCCCACAAUCCGAAGCGCGCGCGCACUGGUCGCAGACAGAUAAUGUACACGCGCACUGUGUGACUUCUACUAGUGCUCAGUAUCGUUUCAGCGCUAUAGACUAAAUAACGUGCUCUGGGAUAUAAACUGUGUUUAAAGUUCUCCACGUGGGUCGUGCGUGUGUGACGAGGAGGUGUUAAAGAAAAACGGAACACAGAGAAGAUUCAAGCAUGCCUCCUGGAUUUCAGAAACUUGGAGGAGAGAGGAUAACUGGAACUCUCGCACUGUCAGUUUUCACAGCCGUUUUGGGAUCUCUUCAGUUUGGAUACAAUAUUGGAGUCAUCAAUGCUCCUCAGAAGAUUAUUGAGAAUGAGUAUAAUUCAACAUGGAUACACCGGUACUCAAAUCCUAUUCCUGAGUCCACACUCACUUCUCUCUGGUCUCUCUCAGUGGCCAUCUUCUCUAUCGGAGGCAUGCUCUCCUCUUUCUGUCUGGGAAUCAUAUCAGAGUGGCUUGGCAGGAGGAAAGCCUUACUCAUUAAUAAUCUCCUAGCUUUCAUUGGAGGAGGCUUAAUGGGACUGUCUAAAAUCAGCAACUCAUUUGAGAUGAUGAUUCUAGGACGUUUUACUAUUGGAGCGUACUGUGGGCUGGCAUCAGGGCUGGUGCCCAUGUAUGUGGGUGAAAUAUCACCCACCAGCCUGAGAGGAGCUCUGGGCACACUACACCAGUUAGCCAUAGUCACUGGCAUUCUCAUUGCUCAGAUAUUAGGUCUGGAGUCAUUGCUGGGCAGUGAGGAGUUAUGGCCUGUGUUGUUGGGCAUUACAGUGGUACCUACUGUCCUACAGAUGGCAUUGUUGCCGUUCUGUCCAGAAAGUCCUCGUUUCCUUUACAUUGUUCGCUGCCAGGAGCACCAUGCCAAGAGCGGCCUGAGGCGUCUGACUGGAAGACUGGAUGUGAGUGAAGACCUGGCAGAGAUGAAAGAGGAGAAGAGGAGGAUGGACAUGGAGAGGAAGGUGUCAAUUGCCGAGCUUUUCCGCUCUCCGCUCUACAGGCAGCCUAUCAUCAUAUCCAUCAUGCUGCAGCUCUCCCAACAGCUGUCAGGAAUCAACGCUAUCUUUUACUACUCAACCAGCAUAUUUCAGAAUGCUGGAGUGGAAAGCCCAGUCUAUGCCACUAUAGGAGCUGGAGUUGUGAACUGUGCCUUCACUGUGGUCUCGCUUUUUUUGGUGGAGAGGAUGGGCCGGCGGACGCUGCACAUGCUGGGACUGGCUGGAAUGUGUGUGUGCGCGGUAAUCAUGACAAUUGCCCUCAGCUUAUUGGAAAGCGUGCCUUGGAUGAGCUACAUCAGUAUGCUGUCCAUCUUUGGCUUUGUGGCCUUCUUUGAGGUGGGGCCAGGACCCAUUCCCUGGUUCUUUGUGGCAGAGCUGUUUUCUCAAGGGCCCAGGCCUGCAGCCAUGGCUGUGGCUGGAUGUUCCAACUGGACAGCAAAUUUCAUCAUUGGCAUGGGAUUCCAGUAUGUUGCCAGCCUCUGUGGUCCAUAUGUCUUUCUCAUCUUUGCGGCACUUCUCCUGUUUUUCUUGGUGUUCACCUUCUUUCGGGUUCCUGAAACUCAAGGAAAGACCUUUGACCAGAUUUCUGCGGCUUUUAAUCGCUGUCCUGAGAGCAUGAGGGAUAUGGAUAUGGACAUGAAUAUGGGUCUAGUAAAGCCCAGCACAGAGCUGGAGUAUCUGGGGGCAGACAGCUCAGAGCAGUUAGGCCCAAGAGGAGAAAGGAUAUCUGAUGAAGAGAUACAAACUGGAACACACCUUAUCCUUUAAUGGUGUUUAAGGGGAAUGUAUAUGAGAGUAUGAAAGAAGACUAAAACCUGUGAUGCUGCUUGUUACAAAGUUUUGUAAGACAGGUGUUUCAGAAAGACUUGGAUUACUGCACUUUAUCUGCACAACAAUGAUUGAGAAGAAAUGCCAGUUAUAUUUAUGUAUUAAUAUUUACACUGACAUGCUGUGCUAAUUUUCUUAAUACUGACACAUAUUCAAGAAUUUCAAAGAUCUUUUUUAUUCUAGCACAAACUUGUUCUACCUUUGAGGCACGGACAGACCAAGGUAAAAAAAAAAAUAAAUCUCAGCACCACCAGAUUUAUUUUGUAUUCGUUGCUAUUGGGGAGUCAUCAGAAGCUUCACUCUACCUUUUGUACGUAAACAUAUAAUGGUCAUAUGAGAUUUACCUUGAGUAAAAAGGAAUAUUAGAAUUAGACCAGAAGAACCUUAGGGCUUAAUGUGCAUAUGGUGAUUUGACCUUUUAAAAUUAGUCAUGAAAUUUAUUAGUAAAAAGUUGUUAGCAUGUGCCGUUUGUUUCCCACAAUUGCUUUUGUGUGUCAUUCUUCAACAUUGGGGUAAUAUAAAACGUGAGAAACUAAGGACCUAUAAUUUUGGAAUGCGAGUCUAUCUUCAGUAUUUCUGGUGUAUAAUGUAAAGGAUCAGUAAUUCUAGAUGGUGGAAUUAAUGUUAUAUUUGAUAAGUUAUAUAGCCAAGUAGUUUGACAAUAGGAAGUGAGCUGUGUGUACCGUUUUCCAUGUUUGCAAUAAAACAACAAGGAGAUGUGACUAAUCAAUUUACAA